AUAUGGUAUAUGUGAUGACAAUGUUUCUUAAAUCCUUUACUUACCUUACAAAAGUUUAAAACUAAUUUUUCUUUGAUAUUUGUAGGAAAUACCAUGAGGAGACGCAAAAAGUUGAAUAUUAUUAAGAAAAAUAACCAAUCACAAGAAAGAGAGCAUUCAAUUGAUAGCUUUAAUGAAGUAAUCCAAAAUCAUCACCCAAUAAUUGGAGAAGGACAAGUACAAGAUAUAAGCCAUGUUGAGAUUCACACUUCUUUUGGUAGUACAAGUGAAAGUUCAAGUAAAGGUAAAAAAAGGACUAGAGGUUAUACACAUAUGUUAGAUGUGUGGGACAUGCCAGAUGAAGAAUUUAUACUUGUUGAAGUGGAUGCUUUGGGAAAUCCUAUGGGUUGGGAAGGAAAGACUUUAUUAAAUGCAAUAGGGAGCUUAGUAAGGAGACAUCAAUGUGCUCCUAUCAAUUUUCUUAGCUGGAAAGACAUGCCCGAGUCUUACAUAACUAACAUGCUUGAUUUGAUUCAGAGUAAGUUCCAAUUUGUUCCUGAGUUGACCGAGGAAACAAAACAAAUAUUAAAGGAUAACAUGAGUGGUAAGUGGAGACAAUUUAAACAUGAUUUGAAAUCAAAAGGAUACGAUGAAAGCAAAACUGAGGUAGAAAUGGCUGCCAAUAUCCCUGAUACAAGAGUUGAUCCUUCUCAAUAUCGUGCUUUAGUACAUCAUUGGUGUUCCAAGAAAGGACAGGAAGUAAGUCAUAUCAACAAAAAUAAUCGUUCAAAAUAUGAAGAUUUACAUUGCAUGGGAACUAAGAAUCUCCCAAGGCACAUUCAUGAGAUGAUAACAAAAGCUGAAGGAGUGCAACCUUCACGGGCUGAAAUUUAUAUUGAUACUCGAACUCGAAAAGAUGGGAGUAUUGUGACUGAAAAAGCAGCUCAUGUAAUU